UGGUGACGUUGUUUGGAUCACAACGUAAAUAAGGCUGUUAUAAAUACUUGCAGAAUUGUUAUUUAUGGUGAGAUAUGAAAAUGGACCUUCACUCAACGUGGCUGUCGGUGACAUAUCGGUAGCUUACUGACAAAAUGGAGAAGACAUUCGUAAAAGAGAUGUGUAUGGGACUUAAAUUCAGGAAAGUUUUGUGAAGGGAGGAAGUGGAAAUAUUUUGUUUUGCUUUUGACGAAACAUGGCGGCCAGGUCAGACAGAGCAACUUUAAGGGUUACAUUAGAACAGAUUCGGAAAAAUAAAAUAAGCAGGGCAUGGAUUAAAUCGGUUCAGUUAAAAGUUGAUGAUUUGAGAAUGGCUAAUGGAGAGGAAGCUCCAGAUCAUCAAUCUGAGGAUUUCGAAGUGGACGCAGGGCUAUCGGAAGAAGCUAUGGCGAGUGUUGGAUGGGGUACCUCGAAUGAGGAGGAUAUGGAAGGAACGCCGUCAGAAAUAUCCGCAGAGGUUAUAUCUGAUUUAUUCCAUGACGAUUUCUCAGAUGAUGAUGAAGAUGAUGACGACGAAGAUGACAUGUUUUCUUCAGACAAUUCAGAGUAUGACCUUGACUUCUAUCUUCAUCCAUUUGACCCUGUUCUUGAUCAUGGGAGGACAAUUCGGCCAGUGAACCCCCCUCCACCAUAUCCCCACAGUCCUUUAGAAGAACUUGAAUGUUGGAUAUGUUUUGACAACAAGAAAUUGAGAAAACGCAUAUGUUGUAACUUUCCAGUGUGUGAUGAGUGCAUUGAAAUGUAUCUAAUCACCCAGGUGAACCAGGGAAUAGUCAAGAUUGAAUGUUUGAAGACGGAGUGCAGCUCCUAUGUACACAGAGACGAAAUACUUGCCCGUCUGCCUGCUGAGCUGAAAGACAAAUAUUACAAGUUUCUUGUGGAUGCAAACAAGGAUCCCGAUGUUAAGACCUGUCCUCGGUGUAGUCAUGUCAUGAAACUGAGUGGUCUCAACCAAAGACUAAACACGCAUGCCUUGAAGCUCAAGAAAAAAGACCGGGCUGUUAUUACCAGAGAAGAAAAGAAACAUGUAAAGGAUGGCAUUCAAGUACAGUGUUCAAAAUGUGAGCUAGAGUGGUGUUUUCCAUGUCAGGCCCCUUGGCAUGAAGGCGUGACAUGCAAACAAUUCAGAAAGGGAGAUCGCCUUGUCAAAACAUGGGCCAAUGAAUAUCACUAUGGUCAACAAAAUGCUCAAAAAUGCCCCAAGUGCAAGAUUUUCAUUGAGCGAACAACUGGAUGUGACCAUAUGACAUGCUCACAGUGUCGGACCAAUUUCUGUUACCGAUGUGGUGACCGAUACUGGGGGGUGAAGCUAUUGGGAGACCACUUCAGCCGCUUCAGUCCAUUUGGUUGCAAGUACAACUUCAUGCCAGAAAGACCGGGAGCAAGGCGAUUCAUUAGAGGAGCUGUGCUUAGUGGCAAGUUGCUGGGUGGUGUGGUGUUGGCUGGCCUGGCCGUGGCUGCAGGUGUGACGUUGCUGGGGCUGAGUGUGGUGGCGCUGCCUGCUAUCGGGGGAUACAGGUACCACAAGAGGAGGAAGAGGAGGCAGCUGCAGCGAUACUUCUCACGCAUUAACAAGCAGGAGCGUGUCUACAGACUUAACACGGACGUGCCCCCAGUCACACCGGCUGAGAUGAUGGACGAGUCUGAGGACGGGACCCAGAAUAACCCAGAGUGGGUGGUCCUGGGGGUCCAGCUGCCAGACUCGCGCCAGGUGGAGGUGCUGGUGCACCGACCAAUCAACUCCAACUCCGAUGGUGAGGAGCAGACGUACAGGACGGAGAUGACCCAAUCUGACGAGGCUGGGAAUGAGAACGCUGUCAUCACCCUGACUGAUGUUAAAGAAGUAACUGAUGAAGAUGGAUACACACGAGUCAUUGCACAUGUUGUGUCGAAGAUGGCAAAGGAUGACAACUCUGCCCAUGAAGAAAAUGACGACAGUGAUUCUAGUGUGCAGACUGAUUUGAAGCAGGUGUCUGAAAAUGAGCUCAGUUUUUCAUCAGAUGAAAAACUUUCAAAGACAGAAUCCAAAGGCUUAUCCUCAGAGGGUGAUUCAAAGCCAGUGUUAAAAACAAACCGUAAAGAGGAAAAACAAGAUUCCAAUGAAGAAGAAGUUGAACUCGAGGUGAAGGAAAGUAACGGAUGCUUUGCAAAUAUAUUCUCUAAGAAACUGAAUUCGUUGCAAAACACUGCUCAUGAUCUUCAACAGGGCAAGUUUCAGAGCAGCCAAAAAGGAUCCUUGAAGAGCAAAUCGGGAACAUGGGACAAAGGCAGGAAAAAAGAUGUUAACAGUAUCGAUAUCAAAUGUCUUUCAACACUGGUGACAGCACCAUGCUCUGAGAGCAGGGGAGGGAAAUCCCGCGAGGACAUGUGUGCAAGUGAUAAGCUGGAGACAGGUCACCCCGACCCGUGUGAGUGUCACAGUGUUAAACAUGAAGAGGUGGAGUGUUGUGACCGAUGUCACAGUGCCCCCCAGGGUCAUCCGUACCCAUGUGAUGUUGUUACGUAUUUAUGAUUGUCUUAUGAUCAGAUCAAGCCGCGAUAAUUAUACAGGAGGUUACUGUAGCUUACAUUGGACAAAUGCAUUGCUCCAAGUGCCAUAGUCACGUAGAUUUUUACUAUAUGCAUGAAUGUCUGGUUAAAAAGAGGAUAUAAUUUCACAUUGCAAAAUGAAGACAUUACGAGGUCUAUCAUUUGUUCAUGUCUCCAACUGUAAAAGUGUCUGGUGGCCAUGGCAACCUAGGACUUUAUCCUGUUGUACAGGUAGUUUCCAGCAUACACAGAGGUACAAGGUGUUGCUACACUUGCUACAUGUUCAUGAUGAUGUAGUAAAGUAUUGGUUUUAUCACCAUUAUUAGGCCAGACUAAUUGUUUCCAAGAUUUUGGGUGAGCCUUCAUAAAAUAUAGCAAAACUGUUAUGUUUAUUUUUCUUUGAUUUUUGUUAUGACGUUAACAUGGUUAAUUCAAGAGUUUUUAGAAAUGUACCCCAAGCAGUGUUUGAAAGCAAGGGGGCCCUUGUGUUCUGUGGUAUUUGGGUCUAGGCAACCCCUACCUCUUUAACUAUUAUCAUCACAUGAUCAUUGGGUUAUGACAAGGACCCUUUGACUUUCAUGGUUAAUUUUGAACACUACCAAGAAUCAACUCGAAACAUAUUUGUUUGUAAUAUUUCAUAUGCAUCGUGCAGGGCUGCCAAUUGUCCCAAACAUUUUGUAUUUGUUAUCAAUUUGCAACAUAAAUUCUUCCUCAAUACAAAUUUUAUAACAAUCUAUGGAAAAAAUAUCACAAGGUCUAAACACAUGCUAAAUGUUCAUAGACACUGGUUGUUAUUUAACCUAACUCAGUCUACUAUGAGCGUGUGUUGUUUAUUGUUAAAUCUGUCCAGUCGAGACAUCAACUGAGUUUCAGAAUCACAUGGCUGUGUUGCACUUUCAACGAUUCACUGCUGUUAAAAUUAUUAGAAAAUGGAAUCUAAGGCUAGCAAGGGAACACACUCCCACACCCCACAUUACCAACACAAGUAUAGCAGGCUUUGGUGUCCCGAUAAGAAGAUAAGUACCAGUUUUGGUCUCCCCCAAAAUGGGGUCCCCUUGGAAGUGGUAGCUGCGGGUUCUACUGCUACAGAGCAUCCUUGUGGGGAUGGGUAAUGUAGGUUUGGGGGAUUUGGGCGUCACGUUAUUGCAUAUUUUGUAUAUGGGACACUGCAAAAGUAAACGCUGAAAUAUUAAUUGUAAUUUGGGAAAGUUGGCAGCUGUGACCUUGACAUUUGAACUUAAUGAAGCAAAGAAAACUUUAAAACAAAAACAAAAAACAAUCUGGCCUGGCUGUAUGAAAAUAAUAAGUAUGUAGUUUGUCUGUGGUAAUUCUCUUGUACAUUUAUCAUGGCUUGAAUGACAAUAUCUAUGGUACCAUUGUGUGAUAUUGUUUCUUAUGUUAUUAUGGUCUCGGAGUGAAGUUUGUUUAUGUAGUAACCAUAGUAUCGUCAGAGUUAGUUGGAGGGGGGCAGAUAUGAUAAAGUGUUUUUUCUAAGCUUGCCAAAAAUGAAGGAUGUCCAUGUGACUUUAAGUUGACCCUUUCCACAUAUACAAGUGUAUAUCUUUGAACAUUUGCUGAAAAUAUUUGGAUUUGUUGAUUUAAUGUGCCUUUAUCAUAUAUUGGUCAUCUAAUCUUCCAAAACUUGGGUUUAGUUUUUGAGUAAAAUAUUUUAUUUAUUACUUUAUCAUGUUAUAUUUUACACUUUUAUCCUCAUCAUCAUGUUGAAGUAUUGCAUCAAGUUUUACUGUGAACGAGAUUAAGAUGUGUCCUGUUUUUUUCUUUACUGAAACCAUGCAAUAAAAUUGGGUCCAUAUUGUGAGCUUUCGUUAUGGUUUUUGAUAAUGUAUUAAAGACAACAGCUUGAGCUUGUUGACAUGUCAUAGACUAAGGCUGAACACUGACUCUCAUGUAGGGAUGUGGGAAAUCUGUAUGUCUUAAGCAUGUUUAGUCUAAGCAAGGGGAUUGGAAUAACUAGCUUUAUCUAUGUCCAUUUGUUCUAUUUUGCCAUACCAGUUGCCAGUUUACUAGUAGAGUAAAUCAUGGGAUGAAAAUUUGAGUCAGUUUGAAUGUUAUUUAUUAAAUCAAGUGACAAUGUUUUAAGCAUGUUAAUAUAUGCUUAUUGCUGACUUUGAAGAGCCCUCUGAAUGGGUCCUGCUCAUGCUGCAGACUUUACUGGUAAAUAUUUUGUAGCAGUACAGUGGCAAUCAUGUAAAAUGAACCACUUGGGCCACAACACAUUGAUCUUGUUGAUAACUAUUCUUUGAAUGAUUUCCAAAAGGGAUGUCAGUGGAUCGUUUCUCCUAGUUCCUGCUGUCUGUUUUUUAUGGUUGGAGUUUAAGACAGUAGCCACAUUAAUCUAAACAAAUGUUAAUUUUCAUAAAUCUUGCAAAUGAGAAGGAUUCUUUUCCAAGGAGGUAUUACAAGAUCAAAAUAUUAUAAUUUGUCCCUUCUCAUCAUGAUCACAAAUAUGACGUUAAUUGUCACCAGUAAAAAUAUGAAUUUACUAAUAACUCAACAAGUGAUCAGCUUGUUGUGGCCUCGAUGGUUUGGUGAUAAUGUCAUGGGCUAAUUACAUCUUGUACAGUAGAGUUGUUACAAAUCAGAAAUGUACAUUAACUUUUAUUCAGAAUUGGAUUAUGAUGUUUGAAAACCCACCUGUAAAGCUGUAUCACAGCUACUUGCCACAUGAGUAACAGCUGGCUCGAUCAGCACAACGUGUCAUUCACUGGGAGCACUCGGAGUUGUAUCGGCAGGCCCAUGUGAAAGGUUCAAACUUGAGAUUUUACAGUUCUUAUUUUCUUACUUUCAAGGGUAUUUUCACAUUGAAGUUUGACCAUGCAUUCAAUGCAUGAAUGUAAAAUUGAGCUUUAAAGCUACUGCCUUUUUAUUUGGUGUAAUUAGUGAGCUACAGGUCACCCCGACCAAGCCAUCACAUUAGCUAUACAUGUGUAACUGUAUUAACAUGAAUUGGGAAAUGUUUCAUUCUCUUUCGGUGAUUUUUACUGACAUUUGCUGCAGGUUUGGUGCUGAAUAUUGGCCUUUGAGCAGUUAGAUAACUCCUUGCCUCAUACAAAUGUUCUCUUUCAUUAGACUGUUGGAGCUUGAUUUGUUUCGGUAUUACAUACACAGAGCUCAGGUUUUGUUAGUUGUAUGUCUGAGCAGUUGUGGCUUAUGGCUUACCAGGUGAUGCGUUGCCUCCAGAAGUUAUUGCAGGGGACUGCACGUCACAGAUUUUCUUGGUGAUAUUGUCCUAUGAGUAGUAUUCAAUAUUGCUUUGGAGUUUUCAGUUUCAUUUCAAGUUAUUAUUAAUGUCAUUAAAAUCAGAUCUUUGUGCUCUCUACCACAACACAACCGCCUUUCGUGAACUUUGACCAACCAAUGAAAUGACUAUUGGGAAGUCAACAUUAGCCAAUAAGAAAGCAGCUUUCUCAAGCUUUACUUCUAAGCAAUUUUCUGAUUGAUGGGCAUUGUGAUGUGACCUGUAAUGGGAUGUUGCCAGAUCUUAGGUUAACUGUAACAAGCACUAGGGAAUUUUUAAUAUUUGAAAGUAUGUACCCAACUGUUGCAUGUAAUUGAUAAUUCUUUCAUCAUAAAUGAAAUAGACACAAUGCCGCUGCUCUUGAAUAAGCACUAGGUUACGUAGUUUAGUAACAGUAUGAAAUAUCUUAAGAUCUCUAAACGAAAGAUGAAUAUUACAUGAUAUAAAGUGGUGCUGACACUGCACUUUUUGUCCUUGAACUGAGUCUGCCUGUGAAAUGGGUAACUUAGCCUUGUAAGUCUGUUGGAUAGAAAUACUGAGAGUUACUCUACUAAAAUUACAUUGUUGAACUAAGUACACAAUGAAGACUGCCAGUAUGACCAAUUUUACAGAAAAACCUCCAUGAUGUUUUUGUUUCAGUGGUUGUGUACAGCGCAGCCAAAUUUCUGGCAUCGCCUUCCUCAUCUUUGUUGAUGCUUGACUACUUGUAUUGGAUGUUGCAAUGACUGCUGUUCUUUUGGGAUAUUUCCGAAAUACUCCAUAUCUGUCAGGAGACAGAAUAAUGGUGAUUGGGAGAUCAUAGGUGGCCCAGUCAUCUUUGACACCCCAAGUCACUAUGCAGAGUUGUGUCCCUUUGGCAAAUUGUCCCUUUUCCAGAAAUAUGAUCAUGGGUUUAAAUCCAAGAUUAUACUUCUCAGUUUGUCAGCACCAACCUGUGUUUGUGGGUUUCACUUGAGGAGACCUGCAUUAAUUCAGCUUUCCUCCCACAUCAAGCUGACUGGCCAUGAUAUAACUGAAAUAUUGUUCAAAGUAUGGUUAAACCCAUCUCACCCACUCAUUAUAAUGAUUAUUGCCAUAGUGAAGUAGGUUGAAUACUUGACCACCAGAGAGGAUAAUAUAUGAGCUGUGACAGGAUCAAGAUGUCAUUGGAUAUGGCUUGAUGUUGUCAGGCUAUUAUUAUUCAAGAUGGGAUAAAGCUUCUUCAGAUUUUGCUUCAAAGUGAUUUAAUCAGCACUCACCUGCUGCAAUAAUCGAUGUCCCAGGUGGGUGGACUGUUUUCUGUGGUAGACACACAAGAUGUAGGAUGUCACAUUCUGGUCUUUCAGUAGCUGUUGCUGGGUUACAGUAUGUCGUAGUGUUGAUUUUCCUCUCAUAUAAAUGAUUAAAUAUUUUACAGAAA